GCCAAUCUUUUGAGCUUGUAAAAAAUAUAGUUGCAUUUGAUGAUAGACUGCAUAAUUAUUCGUAAUUUACAGAGUAACAAAAUUUUUCAAAGACUUCCAACCUUCUCCUUUUUUUAUUAGUCCAAAGUUACUAACUUGUAAAUUGCUCCUCCAAUUAAUUCUGCAUUUAAAAGUUAAUCAAGUUAUUCAAGGUGUGGAUAAAAAGUUUGAUGACUUUUCAAACUUAUAAUUAUUGUCGUAUUACCAAGGAUACCACAAUUACGAAUCCUUGACUUCAUAAAAUGUGGGUAUUAAGGAUUUUAUAACAAAAGUUGGAAUGUUUAUUAUAUGUAUUAGCAAUCCAGUUAGUCCAGUCACAAUUUGUGUUAACAAUAUCACUUCAAAUUUGUAUAGAAAUUCAACAGCUUAAAAUUGGUUUACAAUCAUUGAAAUGUAUUUAGUUUUUCAAAAGUUCUCUUGCAAAAACCUUUGUGUACAUACGACAAACGAGUUGUCAAAUUGGCAAUUCACUGGCCUAUUAAAAGCGGCAAACUUAUGGCCCGGCGCCAGGAGAAUUUUUGAGUGUUAUAGGCUCUCGCUUUGAGAGGUCUGCCAAGGCUGCCUGCAUUUGAAAUGGCCAAUGCUAGGCCAACAACAAUGGAAACAACAAUAAACAAAAGAGGCGUGGCGCACAAAAAACGAAACGAAACAAUAACAACGGAGGAGCCCAAAACACAAUUGUCGCAUGGCCCAAUGGGCACAGGUCAGUGCAAAGGAGUCUAGAAGGGGGGCGGAGAGCAAGGUGUAGGGACCUAGUUAAAAACCGUAAAGGCAAGCACAAACAAAGCUAGCUAGCGCAUGACGUCAUAAAGCAUAUUAAAUGAGUUUACACUCGCAGUGCAUUGCAUACUUUCAGGCUGCUGCCAUUUUUCCCUGCCCCCCCCCCCCCCCGUGACCAUGGUUGAUGCUGCUGCUGCUGUUGCUGGCAAAUGGCGACACUGAAAAGCCAUUAACCAACGCCUAAUGACGCACUCGAGACGGGGACGGGCAAAGUGAAGAAGGGGUUGUUAGUGCAUGUGUGCGAAUGAGGUUGAAGUGAGCUACGUGUGUGUAUGUGUGUGCGGCAGGUUAGCCAAGCUGAUAACGAGAAUGCUGAGAGGCAGCAAUUAAAUGGUCAAGCGGGAGUCUCUCUCCCCACUCUCUGCCCCUCUCUCUCACUCACUAUCUCUCUCUCUCUUGUCGACGUGCUGUCACGAAAUGAAAUUGAAAUAUUAAAUAUUCAUCUAAUGCAAGAAAAAUCACAUCAUCUUUUGCGGGACAUAUUCGUGUGGAGUACAUCUAAAAUGCUCAACAAAAGGGCAAUUUAUCAGCAUCCCAAAAGUGUGCUACAAAAUGUGUGAAAAAUACAGCAACCAACAACAACAAAUACGAUAAUACUUGCAAGUAACAAGCAAAAAACAUACACACCUUCAUACGUACCUGUAAUUUGUCAAGAGCUCACACGCGCACACACACACACACGUUUGCGCAAAAAGAAAAAACGUCGCGUUUAUAAUCGCGCGCGUUUCUCUUUCUGGGAAACAAUGGAUCGAGACAAAGGAAUAAAGCAUGUAGCAUGUUAAAUGGAAUUUAUGCCUCUGCAGUUUUCCAUCGAUUUUCGUCUUGCGCCAACAACAGACUGGGGAUGAAAUACCAAACACAUAAACUGGAUUUGAUAUUACAAAAAUAUGCAGAAACAAGAAAAAAGGCGCGAACUGCGCCUAAAGCGAUUCUGGCGCUCGCCAAAGACAACAUCCUCGGACGAUUCGACGGGAUAUGAGAGUCCGACGCGCACAAAGCCGGCCAGCAGCGAUGCCCAGCGUUUCAAUCAUCUGCACUACACCAGCCUCUCCCAGGGGUCGGGCACCACAUCAUCCUCGAAUGCAGGGGCUGCCGGUGGAGGGGCAAAUGGUGGUGCUGGCACGGCGUCGACAAGCAACAAACCAUCCUGUUCGCUACCGUUGCUACAGGUGUGGCCCAGCCAGCCGCUUUUGCGCCAGGAGGGCUUCGUACAGUUGCGUCGUAACAGCGGCCCCGAGGGCCAGCGGGAUUCACCGCGCGGCGAAGCGGACGGACAAUCCUUCAUCUUUCCCGCCAUUGUGGAGACCAGUGUGGGUGCUCCAUCGACGAGCAGCAGCAGCGGGAACAACAACAACAGUGACAACCACAACUCGACAGGAAGCAACACAACAACAACAGCAACCACCAGACGCAGCAACAAUCAUCUGACACUGAGCACAGAGCGUCGCAGCUCGCUGUACUGUGAUACUCUCCAUGCCGGCGACUCUGGCAUCGAUUCUGUGCAGGCAUCGCCAUCGCCAAAUGCAUUCAUCGCACCGCCGGGCAUCCUUGGGCUCCCUCAUGGCCAAACCGGAGGCGGCUCGUGUCAUGUGUCGCCCACAAGCACGCCGACGCAGGGUUCGCCAAAUUUAUCGCUGGGCCGGCGGCACAUGAGGAACAGCAUCUGUGUGGUGCCCAGCGGGAGUGCGGCAGCGAAUUAUCGCCGCAAAUCGAGCGCAUUGUUGCAUCCGGAUCAUGCGCGUCUGUUUGCAUUGCGCAUGAAGCAUGCAGCUGCUUUGGAGAGGGCGCAAACGUCGCCGGAUCAAACAUCGAUCGAGGAUGCGAACGAGUUUCACGACAACGGACUGGCGACGAAUAUGCGUUUGUGCUCGGCCUCGUCGUCGACGACGUCGUCGCUGACAUCCGUGGCAGCGGUCAGCCUGGGCGGGGGUGUGGCAGCCGCUGGCGUUGGCGUGGGCAUGGGCAUUGGCAUUGGCGUUGGUGGGCUGGGCUGUGGCAGCAGCGGUGGCAUUGCCACCGCCAGCAGCGGCGCCUGCUCCUCCUCUGCCUUUGCUGUUGGCGCAGGCGCGGGCGCACAGCAGCGCGUCUCCGAUCCCUGGCUGCAGCCGCAAUCCGAUCGUGAUUCACGCCAUGGCGGACAUCACCACCAUCAUCACCAUCAUCAGCAGCAACACCACCAGCAGUCGCAGCAGCAUCACGAUGGCCGUCGCCGGUCAUCGACAAUGACCGCCCGCUAUUCGCUGUUCGAUGCCCUCGAUCUGGAGUACGUGCUGCUCCGGGCGGCGGCUCGCGGCUCUGUGGGUCCCUACUCGCUCAGCGAGUCCAUACACAAGCUGACCUUCACUCAGUCGCUGGCAUUCCCCGCCCUCGCACGGGGUCUGGCCACGAAGCGCCGCCGUUCGGCAACGCACACCAGUUCCAGGCCGCUGAAUCCGCAUGAAUCCGGUUUGAAUACGUGCGCCAAAGUGGUCACCGCCGUCGUCCUGGUGGCCAUCUCGUUCAUGGUCUUUUUGAUAGUGUACAAAUUUGUGCGCACGUGAGGUUUGCUCCUGGCCCCGACGCCAGACUUCGCUGUCACAUAUCAGACGAGCAGCAGCAGCAGCUACGAGUAUCCGCAUCCGGAUGGAGGCGAGACCACAUCCACAUCCUCGUACUCGUUCUCGUCCACAACGGCAGGCCGCAGUCUGGGCAAACAUUUGUCGGGGUUCAGGAGCCAAUUAGGUGUCAAAGAGGCGGACUUUCAGUAGCAGACGGAAAUUGUGCGCAAAGUGCGGUAACGAAAAAUUUUGUGAUAAACUUUUCAAAUGACAAGCAAAUUUCCACACACACACCCUCAAACAAACACACACACAUACAGAUAGAAGGCUUACAGUUAGGCUUGUAAAUGUUUCAAUUGCAGUAAUAGCAUUAUCAUUAUCAAUAGUAAACAUAUGAUACUAUACUAUAUAUAAAUAACAAUUAUUUUUAUAUAUAAUUAAUUGUAAGCGCUUCAACUCGCUGCUAAAAAAAACUCGCGCGCGCCUCAAAAAAUCGCUGGUAAAAAAAUGCGCGCGGCAUUUCUCGCAUUUCUUAGAGCGUAGGAGAUGUUUUUUUGUAAUAAAUAUAAUAAUAAACAAUAAAAUAACUAUCGAAUAAAUUCAUUUCAUUAUUUAAAGUGCCUAACUAACUCUUGAGCUAUAAAUAUAUAUUUCAUUUUUUGAAUAUCGAAUUUAACCUUUUACCAGAAAUCUUCAUUCAUUUAUUGGCAGCAGCUUCGUUAAGAAAUUUAUCAACUUCAAAUAGUUUUUUCAUUUGUUUACCAACAAUCAAAAGUUUUUUAACCGCAAUUUUAUUCAUGUAAAUUAUGUGGUGUUGAAAUUGGUUUUUUUUACCUAACAAAUUGUUAUUAAAUGGUCAAUAUGCAAAUUUAUGUGGCUGAACAAAUUGGAAGGAGCGGUGAAGUGCAGCGUGAAUGAAGGCAAAUUUAUUAUUUUUAUAAAAACGUUUUUUAUUAAAAGUUUGCAUAAAUUAAGUUCACAUCAGUGGCGUUGAGUGCAUUAACUUUUACUCACUUAGCACAUUGAUAUUUACAAAUGCAUUUCGACUUUUUCAUU